AUGAACAAAAGUUUGGAAGGUAGAAAUAUUCGAGUCACUGUACGCAGUGGUCCACAGAUUAAUAUCCUCAGGAGAUCGGCGUCACCACAAGGAGGAAGAAUAAAACUAUCCUAUUUUCGACAUGGAUCAGUAUCACCACCUCGAAUAACAAAUGCUAAUUACAAUGGAAACAGUACAACUUCGUCAAAAGUUAGAUGUAUUCGACGUCAGAAUAGUUUAGUUAUACAAAGAACAACGCCUAUUACUACAACAAAUCAUUCAUACGACAUGAAUUUUAAAUGUCAACAAAAUACACCUCCUCCUCCUCCUCCUCCUCUUCCCACUUUACCGACACGACUCGUAAUGGACAUACAUACAAGUGGAAUAACUAACGCACGUUUAAAAAAUAACCAAUACGAAAGAUCAAUGAAGCAUACAGCUCUCACCCCAAAUACCAAUGGUAGUAUAGCAAUCAUGAUUGGCGCAUCUAACUCAACAACAACUUCCAAUAGAAUAGUAUCAGACAAUAAUGAUAAUAAAAAAUGGUUAAAUCGUGACUCAUCAUCAACAUUAUCAAAUAGUAAUCCAGUCUCGCCAAUAGUCCGGAUUGGAGAACAAGUUUAUAUGACCUUGGCAUAUCGGUCGAUAGAAAUUCAGUCUCUCUCUCACCUAGUCAGACUGACAAUCAAUCUACUGGACUGA